UGUCAGCCAACUGUUUAUUAAGUGUUUCGACGCGACGGCACACUGUUCGCGAACUGCGGCUGCAUUUGGGCGACGCGAGACCGCAGAAAACGCAGAAAACGGAGUGUGAAAUAUUAAAGAUACGCUCUGAAAUAUUGCCAAAGCCGAAGCCGCGAAAAAAAAGAAGAAGGUGGAGAAAAUUGUGAACUUAAUUCCAUUUACUGGGCCGCACUCCUCGACAUUUCGGCCUGCUAUGCAAACGAGGCGCGAUUAUUCAAUCAAAAACUCGCGCCGCUACGUGAAUUAAGUGAAACACAAUUGCAGAAAUCAGUGACAGGCGCGGCAACAACAAGUGUAAACAACAACGAAAGUAUUGCAAAAUGCGCUCGCCGCAGCAACUGUUGUUGCUGAUGUUGCUGCUUGCAACAGUGGUCGCUGCUGCUGUUGCUGGCCACAGCAAUUACAAUUCGGUGUACAACGAGGUGAUUCCGCCGGAGCUCAAGCAGGCCAUCAAUAAGGAGCUGCCCAAGGAGGCCAAGUUCUUCGAUGAGCUGGACUUGAUACCGCAGUCGUGCCGCUUUCGUGGCCACAAGUUCGAGUGCGGCCUGUCCAUCUCAUGUGUCUUGGGCGGCGGCAAGCCACUGGAUCUCUGCUCCGGCGGCAUGAUCUGGUCGUGCUGCGUGGACAAAGAUCUCGACGCCGAGGAGAGUCCGCAUGCCGCCCCGGUCAACAACACAAGCGACAUAAUACACUUGCAUGACAUAUACCCCGACCUGUCGACGAACGCCAACAAGCCGCAGCACCACCUGCACCACCACAGUGGCAACGGCCUGUCGGCGGCCUCAUCCACCUCGUCCACGGCGUCCUCCUCCUCGGCACGACCGGCUUACCCCAGCAGCUACUACGGCACCAAGCGACCAUCCUUGUACAGCAGCGGUUCCAAUCCCUAUAAGCCAGGAUCCAGCCGCCCAUCCUCCUCCUCCUCCUCCUCCUCGUCCUCCUCAUCCAGCCUGAACAGCUGGGAGCACGAGGGUGGAGGCGGCCACUUGGGCAACAUCAAUGGGAUCACCAACCACCUGGACAGCUUCUUCGAUGCCGAAUCCACGCCGCCGUUGGACUCGGCCGGCGCACCACCACCACCAUCGCCCCAUGAGCCACUGCCCAACGCCCAGGCCUUCGCGGUGGGCAAUGUCCUGGAUCUCAAUGCUGGCGAGGCGGCGGAUGAGUACCAGAGUGGCGGCGGCGGGGGCUACCACGAUGCCAGCUAUCGUCCAGUGCCGGGCUGCGGUGAGGUCUACACCCGAUCCAAUCGCAUUGUGGGAGGCCAUUCCACCGGCUUUGGAUCCCAUCCCUGGCAGGUGGCACUGAUCAAGAGUGGAUUCCUCACCAGGAAGCUCAGCUGCGGUGGUGCCCUGAUCUCCAAUCGAUGGGUGGUCACAGCCGCCCAUUGUGUGGCCACCACCACCAACUCCAACAUGAAGAUCCGCUUGGGCGAGUGGGAUGUUCGUGGCCAGGAGGAGCGGCUGAAUCACGAGGAGUACGGAAUUGAGCGAAAGGAGGUGCAUCCCCACUACAAUCCCGCCGACUUCAAAAACGACGUGGCCCUGAUCCGUUUGGAUAGGAAUGUGGUCUAUAAGCAGCACAUCAUACCCGUCUGUCUGCCGCCUUCGUCCACGAAGUUGACGGGCAAGAUGGCCACCGUGGCGGGCUGGGGGCGAACCCGACAUGGCCAGAGCACAGUGCCUUCCGUGCUGCAGGAGGUGGACGUGGAGGUGAUCUCCAACGAUCGCUGCCAACGAUGGUUCCGCGCGGCAGGACGUCGCGAGGCUAUCCAUGAUGUCUUUCUGUGCGCGGGAUACAAGGAUGGCGGGCGGGAUUCCUGUCAGGGCGACAGCGGCGGGCCGCUCACGCUGACCAUGGACGGACGAAAGACGCUGAUCGGACUCGUCUCCUGGGGCAUUGGUUGUGGGCGGGAGCACCUGCCCGGCGUGUACACCAACAUCCAGCGCUUCGUGCCCUGGAUCAACAAGGUGAUGGCCAACGACAACGCGUAGGAGCCACUGCACCAGUGAAUUUACAACCGGAAGACUGCAGUCACCGCUCGAGGAGUCCUGCAGUCGUGUGCGUCCGCUGCGGAGAUGAGGAGGUGCAUCCCGUCAGCCAGGCCAUGUGAUUCCUCUACGACUCGGGGUUGCUAGUGUGUAAGACCAAGGCCUUUGGGGCCUUGUAUUUAUUUUGACCAUAUUCCACGUCCUAGGGAUCCCUUCGCCUUCAUUCGUUUCUCAUUGCAUUCCACGCAUUCGAUUUAAGUUUUCGAUAUUUAUUAUACACUGCUCGAAGAAAGAUUCCUACAUUUGAAAUCCAC